CACAGAAACUCCGCCCAUGGAACGUUUUGCUCAUCGCUUUUUUUUUUUUUUUUUUGGUGUUCACGGAGUUUUAUCGUGGAUGUUUUCUCCAUUUUGUAAAAAUACGUAAAAUUUUGCGCGUGCGUGAUUUAGCACAUCACACAACUUGGCAUUGAACGCCUAGCAAGUCGGCCGCAUCUGGUGUGCUACAUCGUAGCAAAGCUGGCUCAGCUUUCCCCACAACGAUGGCCAUUUGUGUGGAGGAGGUGUCCGCGUCCCUCGUGCGGGAAUAUCUGAGCAGAAAGGGACUCAAGAGGACGAUUGCCUGCAUGGAUGAUGAGCGUCCACGCACACAGUCCAGCAUCAACAACAGAUCCCACUUGAGACAAGUCCUGCACAUUGAGGAUCUGUAUAGGGCAAAUAAGGUUCAUAAUUCACCUCUGAGGACUUUACUGGAGAUCAUUGUCAAGUAUCACAUUGAAGGUCACAAAGAUGAUAACAUGGCCUGUAAAAGUGAUGAAAAUGAUUCUCUGCAGUCUGCUUUUGUAAUCAGCUCACUCCGUCUUUCUCCUGCAAAAACUCCAUCGGAAAUCAACGAAAGUGACUCAGGACACAGCACACUGUCCUUUGUUUCUGGUGACCGCCUCAAAUUAAGAUCACAGGACAAGGAAUUCUCCACCUCUCAAAUGGCAGUAUUGUCACUUGAUGGAGAGAGACUCAUGGACCACAGUGAAACAAGAUCGUGGUUAUAUACAUCAGUGGAUGAAAACGGCCACUCUAAGAUGACGUCUAUGCAUGAUAACGGUUGCCUUGCUGAAAAACCUGAAAAAAAGCCUCCUGUCAAUGAACUAAUUCAAAGAAGACAACCAAAUCGGGUUAGACGUGGCAUGAUGGCUGGACCGAUAGCCAGCACCCUUCAGGAGUCAACCAAACAAAGGCAGAGUCGAAAAGUGGGCACGCCUCAGAUGCUAUUCAGGAAAGAAGAAGAGGAGCAUCGGCAGUCUCGGGAUGAACUGUCAGGGAACAGUUUACAACAAAAAGUCUUAGAGAAAUCCCCAAGCAGUGCUAUAGAGAAAUUGAAGAACUUGGAGAAAGAGGGACAAGGCAGAAAUGACAGAAAAAUAAUUGAGUCCAAGAUGCAGCCAAAUAUGAUAUUGUCUGAGAUGGUGUUAGAUGACAUUGACGAUGAGCUGCCAGAAAUCUCGAAAAUGUCCUUCGAGAACACCGCAACUGCAGGGAGCAGCCACACAGCACGCCCAAUGGACCAACACACCGCCCGCCCAAUGGACCAACACACCGCCCGCCCAAUGGACCAACACACCGUCCGCCCAAUGGACCAACACACCGCCUCGGAAUUGAAAUUAGUUCUCCUUGGGUCAAGUCUCAAAUGUUUCACUGCUGAAUGGAGAAAUCAGGGUUUCACAUUCUCCGAAACGCAUGACCUGAGAUACGGAAUGGUGCAGAAAAAGGCUGGGCCUUGUGGAGUUCUAGCUUCCAUCCAAGCUUUCGUUUUAAAGAAACUUCUGUUUGAAAACAAAAACAGUAGUAAUGCAAGACUUCAGCGUUUAAGACCAACAAAUGCAACCAGAAGAAAAUGUCUGGUCUUAGCUGUGGCCGAAGUACUGUGGAGGGCUGGUGAGGAAAAACAAGCCACUGUAGCAAUAAAUACGGGACGUACACUUUUCACUUCAAGCAGACACUACAAAUCCGAAGGAGUCCUUGAAAAGAUAAGCUGUUUUACAGUGGACAGUAUCAAAGACCUGCAGUUGCUACUGGAGCAACACAUUGAGCAGUUUGAGACAGGGGAGCUGGGAUGUCUGUUGCUGACCAUAUCUGCCGUCUUGUCUCGUUCAAUUGAUAAAAUGAGAGAGGAUAUGGAUGUGGCUGCCACUGCACUCAUUGGAGCUCAUGGCUACUGUACUCAGGAGCUUGUCAACCUGUUGCUGGUGGGACGGGCAGUUUCUAACGUCUUUGAUGGCGACGUGGAGCUGGACUCUGGCAACGGCAAAUCUACACUGCUUAUGGGAAUCAAAGCUCAUUGUAACAUUGGCCUUCUGUCUCUGUUCGAACAUUAUAACGUCUUUAAGGUUGGAGACUAUCUCAAGAACCCCCUUUUCCCUAUCUGGGUUGUGUGCAGUGAAAGCCACUUCAGUGUGCUGUUUGGCCUCCAGGGAGAGCUGUCAACAAAUCCGGACAAGGGUCUGGAGUUUGACCUCUACUACUAUGACGGACUGGCCAAUCAGCAGGAAGAGAUCCGCCUCACUGUCUCUCUCGGCAAAUCAACCGUCAGUUGUCAAAAUGUGAACGCUGAUUUAAUUCCUCCUCUGGAGCUCUGUAUUCGAACAAGGUGGAAAGAUGCAUUUGGUCGCGGGCGUCCUGGCACCUAUCUCAGCUGACUCUGGGCAAGAGGCGGAUAUCCUGAUGCAAGUGGCAAUUAUUCUUCACUGAUAUUGUUUCACAUAAUAGCUAAAUAAUAAGACACAGUAGAUGAGUCACUGUUUAAAAUUAUUGUAACAUACACCUACCAGAAACCUGUGCAAUCUAAUGCGAUUCAGUACAAGAGUUUUAUCAACACUUCUGUCUUUACAGAUAUAAUAAUGCUCAGUCUUUAUUGACAGUGUCAGAGAGGGUGCAAUACUAUCUGUUUAUUUACUGUGCUGUAAAGAGUACCAGGUAUACUUUGUAUAUUAAGGUGUUUUUUGGAGGUGGAGUUUGGGGGGGCGCGAGGACUUUGCUUACUUUUUUUGUUCUUUUUUAUUUUUUUAAAGGGGACAUUUUGCCGAACCAACUUUUCUAGUAUUUGGGAUGUAAUAUUUUCUUUAUGGUGCCUCAGUAAACAUGUGAAAUAUUCAUUCAAAUCAUUCACGCUUUCCUGAGUUCCAGGCGUUUUUCCUGCCAAGAGGCCUGAAAUCAGGUGAUUCGAAUUUCUCGAGCUUAUCUAUGUCACUAGCUAAGAUCUCCCUCUAUCUCUCCGCUCCCAAGCCAGCGCUGUCAACAUAACAAACGUGUGCUCUCACAAGUGGGUCUUCUACACGGAGGCAACCAAUCAGAGGAAAGGGGGCGGUCUUUGUCAAAUAUGGACAAAGCAGAAACAAAACUGGGUCAAACAGAAGUAGCUGUCAGAGGGGCCUUUUCUGGACACUCGUAUCUCAAAACCAAGGUGUUUUUUUUUUAAUGAAAUUGACACUUUUAUACUAAGUCCAUGUUAGAGAGUCGCUCUAUGGAAGUCUAAAUAGCCAAAAUAUGUUUUUUGUUGGCGGCACGGUGGACGACUGGUUAGAGCGUCAGCCUCACAGUUCUGAGGACCCGGGUUCAAUCCCCAGCCCCGCCUGUGUGGAGUUUGCAUGUUCUCCCCGUGCCUGCGUGGGUUUUCUCUGGGCACUCCGGUUUCCUCCCACAUCCCAAAAACGUGCAUUAAUUGGAGACUCUAAAUUGCCCGUCGGUGCGACCGGUUGUUUUUUUUGUAUGAGCCCUGCGAUUGGCUGGCAACCAGUUCAGGGUGUACCCCGCCUCCUGCCCGAUGACAGCUGGGAUAGGCUCCAGCACGCCCACGACCCUCGUGAGGAGAAGUGGCUCAGAAAAUGGAUGGAUGUUUUUUGUUUUUACAAACAAUUACAGUUAAAAUUACAUAAAUUUCAACUAUGGCGGCACGGUCGUGGAGUAGUUACCACAUCCAUCUAUGUGAUCUUUCUGUGUGGCGUUUUCAUGUUCUUCCCAUGCUUGCAUGAGUUUUCUCCAGGUAUUCUGGCAUUCUCCCACAUUUCCAAAACAUGCUUUUUAGUUUAACUUGAGACUAAAUUAUCUUUAGCUGUGAAUGUAAGUAAUAUGAAUGGUCGUUUUUCCAUAUGUGCGGUGUACCCUGGCGGUGUACCCUGGCUCUCCCAUGAAGUCAGCUGGGAUAGGCUUCAGGUCACCGGCCACCCUAAUGAGGUUAAAUUGUUUCUCAUUAAAUAACUGUCCUCCCAAUCCUAUAUUAAGGAGAAGUAAUGCUGUAAUGCAAUGCAUUAUAGAAAUAUGUUACUACAGUAUAUCACAUUGUACAGUUUGUUUUACAUAACUUUUGCUUUGUUUUGCUCUGCUGUCUGCAGCCAGGUCAGCAUUGGAAAUGAGAGUCUGUUUUCCAUUGCCUUACCUCAAUAAAUGAAUAAAUAAG